CUUUCCUUUCCUCUUUCUUUCUCUCUCCAAAUCUUGUUCUUCUCUAAAUCUGAUCUCUUCUUCAGUUCUUCAUUUUUUUUCCAACAAUCGAACGAAAGAAAAGUGCAGCCUCCUUCUUUCAUUGUGUUUCUUCUCAUCGAGAUCCUUCUUCUCUUGAGAUACUCCCUCCUUCUCUUUUUUUUCCCCCACCGAAAUGGACGAGGGAAAAGUGAAUUCUCCUUCUUUCAUUAUGUUUCUUCUCUUUGUCAAGUCCUCGACCUGAAGCUCCAAAUCGCUCAAGAGGGGAAAGAUCUAGAUGUCAGAGAGAGGGGAAGCAUGGGGACCAGUGAGGGUGGAGAAAAAGAGGAAGGAAGGCAUGGGCUGAGAGUCAUUGUGGGGUCUGCAUCUGGUCAAAACUCAGUAUCAUCAUUAAAUGAGUUGACGCUAUGACGAUUUUGCCCCUCCGUGUAUUUAAUUUUCCUGAUCUGACGGUUACAAAUUAAAUGCAAUGGACGGUAGAUGAAAAGGUUACUAACAAGUACUGACAAAAAGGUUACUGAUGGGAUCCGGACCCCGUCAUUUAAGAUAUUAAUACAAAAACUAAUGAUCAAAUCCAAUUUAACCGAUAACCCAACUGAAAACCCCUAUCCUAUAUCCACCCAACCACCGUCACUGUGCACUUUUGUCCUAUCUUCUUCCACCGCAUAAUCCCCUUCCCCGAAGAGACCUACAGCAGAAGAAAAAUAUCGGCGGCCUUGCGUUUCGGCAACCUCGCGAAUGAAAUGCUCUGGAGAAAACUCGCCUGCGGAGGAAGCCCACAAGCAAUCGAUUGCUCA